AUGGCUAAUGCACUUACAUUUUUUCUGUUAGUUCUCAUAGCAUUCAAUUCUAUCAUAAAAUCUGCUGUAUGUAUAUCAUGUUUCCAAUGCAACAGUACUGACAUCAAUGAUCAAUUUCGUUGUACAGAGACUAUGGAGGACUCGUACGGCCUACGCCCUCAGCCCUGUACAAGUGUUUACAAUGCCGCUUAUUGUGUGACACUGAUAGGCCGUCACAGUGGAGGACUAGGAGUUACACGUUACUGUUCAGCUCAUAAUUUAGGAAAUUACUGCCAAUAUUUUAAACUGCCAGGUGAUGUAUUAGAAUAUCGAACAUGUAUUUAUACUUGUGAUUCUGAUGGCUGUAAUGGUCCAAGUGAACUUAAGUUAUCUAAAUAUUUAAAAAGUCUAUCUAUUUAUCAAUGGUUUAAAAAUUUAUCACCUUAGACAUUGACAUAUUCAAAAUAAUCUGAUUAUACUGAUAUG